AUGUACCCACAACAUUCCGAUAUGAUGAUAAUAUCAUCUAAUUGUUGUAGUAGUAGUAGUAGUAAUAAUAGUAAUACAUUAACUUUAUCAACAACAAGUAGUUGUAAAAAUUCCAUUCUAGGAGAUUUACCUGUAUAUAAUUCAAAGAAUUUUUCAAAUCCAAAUCCAAGAUCAAAUUUAAAUCCACCUAAAUUAAUAUUUAAUCAUUCAAAACCUAAACAAAUUGUAACAACAGAAAGAAUUUCAUUAUUACAACGAUCUUUUGAAAAAUUAAAUCAACAUUCUAAUAAUAAUACAUCUAAUAAUAAUAGCAAUAAUAAUAAUAAUAAUAAUAAUAAUUUAAAGAGAGGAAAUGAUUUAACAAAUUUAAAUGAAAAACCAACAAAAUUAUUAAAAUAUAAUUAA